GACUCUGAUGCAGAAGCAGCUUUGAAUGGUUUGACAGCUUUGCAUUCUUCAUGCAGCAUUCCUCUUUCAACAGAUUAUUGCAGAAAGCAGUUUUUCCACAAAAAUUUCUCUUAUGUGCAACCACAAGCCAUUCAUCUAGGAUCAGACGGUAAUAGAAAAGAAAGCCAUGGAUGACAUAGCCACUCAUAUUAAAGAGGCAUUACCAACGUGCAGCACACCAGAUACACUGCAACCCAUUUUGGAUGCCCUCCAAAACCUUGGGGUGGAAACAGUUGAAGAUAUGAAGCUUGUUCAGAUGGACGACCUUGCAGGAGUGCUCAAACCAAUUCAAGCAAGGAAGCUUCUUGCACAUGUAAACAGAGUCUUCACAGCUUCAAGCCACUCAAACAUGGGGGAAGAUUUCCCAGUCUCACCCCAAACUUUUGCAACACCACCUCGGUUCAGUACAAGCCCAGGCUCAAGCCUGCCUGUUACUUCACAAUGCUCAUUUUCAACACCAACCUCCUCUCAGUCUGAUACUGAAAGCACAAGUUCUGCUACACAAUUGAGCAGUGACUGGCACUACAAUUUUAAAAUCCCUUGGAACAUGCUGCCAUCUGUUUUGAGGAAGAAAUUGGAUAAGCAGGAGCGACCAACAGCCAGGGAAAGGAGAGAAAUGAUUCACAUAAUUUCAGGCGAAAUCCUUGCCAUGCGUAAAAAACCAUCAAAGAAGGACCUUGAUCAAAUUGCACGAAACAUGGUCCUACAAUAUCCAAAGUCUUUGAAAGACAUGAUAGAAGAUGAAGUGGUUGGAAGUGGCCAUGAUUCCAUAACAAAACAACUUCAGUGCAGAGUUGACAAUUACAAGCGAAAUGAAAUUCUGAAAAAGCGCAACAGUACUCCAGCAAAUGACACAAGCACUGAUCCUGAAAAUAAGAAGAAACGGUUAGACUCGUAUGGCUGUAUUGUGUAUGAGUCUGUGCCUGUGAAUAUGGAUGCAUAAAUGAAGAAAAAAAAGAGAUGCAAGAAAUGUUCAAGGAAAAUGACAGGAAUGAAAAACAUAUAAAUUUGUUAAUCUCUGAUACCUUUGUGUCUCAGAGAAGUGACAUAACGUCUGGUAAGGACAUGCAGGUCCUUAAAGAAGAAUGGCCCUACCUUUUCUCAUUUGUUGGCAUGAAGAAACACUUCAAACUUUUAACUGGUGUGCACAUAAAUGAGGCAUUUGAUGAGGCCAUGACAACUAAACUUGCAAGAGUUCUUGACUACUUUCAGUCUCUUCCAAUUGAGAAGUCAGCCA